CGCGGCUCUACAGCACGUUUGGUUUUCAAUUAUUUUUAAUUUAAAUAGUAUUUUCAUGUAUAGAGAAAUAUUUGUUAGUGCAUGUGUGAAGUUACUGAGAUUCAAAAUUCUAUAAUUAAACACCGUUGACCAAGGCUAAAUUAUGGCGCCAAGGCUGUGGGGAUUGAUUUUCAUAUUAGUGACAUUUGCUAGCGUUCAAGCAAAACCGAAAUGUACAGUACAGGGGGAUUUUCAAAACGACGUGAUUUGUUUUGCAGAAUCAUCAGACUAUGUUUUAGAAAGAGGUCUAGUAUCCGACAAUAAUAGAACUACAAGAAUUGUUCUAAAAGGAUGUCGAAUUAAAGAUAUAAACAAUGAUUCAUUUCACUCGUUACCCUGGCUGGAAUAUCUUGAUUUGUCGGUAAAUUCAAUAUCAAAUCUUGAAAUUGGAGUUUUUAAUGGAGCACCGCAAUUGACUUCCUUAAAUCUAUCAUAUAAUUUAAUAACUGUUCUACCGUUAGGAGUUUUCGAUCACAAUCUAAAUAUAGAACUAUUGGACUUACGAGGAAACAAAAUAUAUAUACUAGAGCAAGGAUUAUUUGAUCCAUUGAAAAAGUUGAAACACUUGGAUCUCUCAAGUAAUUUGUUGAGAGGGAAACAACUGAGUCCUUAUAUUUUCGAUGCCUUGAAACACAUUCAAGUUAUCGAUUUUUCUAGAAAUGAUAUGAGUGACACUUCAGAUUUAUUGCUGAAUACAUUCCAAGAAGUUAAUGUUUUAAAUUUAGAUAGAUGUUUUCUAGUACACUUGCCGAAUUUUGCACUCAAAACCAACCUGAGAACAAUGAAGCAAUUGAUUAUAUCUACAAAUCAACUAAGUAAACUCGAGAACUCAACUGCGUUUGUGAAUUUAGACAGUUUAGAAAUAUUAAAUAUGGCAGACAAUAAAAUUGACAGUAUAGCUGGAAAUAUUUUUGUCCCAUUGAAAAAAAUAAAAAAUAUUAUCUUAAGGAAUAACAAGUUGAAUUCUAUUCCUGACAAUUUGUUUCGAGAUUUGCCAGAGUUAACUAAUUUGGAUUUGUCUCAUAAUUUAAUUGAAUUCGUACCAGUUAAUGCUUUCAGAGGAGCGCCGUUGAAGAAUCUCAAUUUAUCUGACAACAAAUUCUCUUAUUUGACCGAUAAUUUCUGUUUGGAAUUAAGAAAUUCUGGGGGAAAACUGAAGAAGAUAUAUUUCAACGACAAUCCCUGGCAGUGUGCGUGUUUAUUUGAUUUUAUCGCGGAAGUGAAAAGGAUGGGGAUAUCAUAUAAUACUGCAAAAUAUAACGGACAAGUAAAGGUGUGUGUAAUGGAACAAUUUUCUUGUCAACGACAACAAUCUAUGAAUGAUUUAUAUGUGGAAUUGUACAAUAAUAAUCUGUCAUAAGUAAUAAUGUACGUUAUUAUAAAGUGUAUACUAUAACAGAAUUAUUAUAUCAGUAUCUGAACUGAUUUUGGAAAAUUAAAAAAUAUGAAGAAGUUUGAAUAUAAUAACUAUA